AAUGAAGUGAUUAUAAGUUAUUUCAGCAGCUUUAAAUUCUCCUUUUCCUAUCGGUGCCUGGUAAAGCACAGAUGAAAUUUUGAAGGGGAAGAGAGCAAAGCUCUUUUCCCUCCAGCUGGGAUGUGAGCAUCCUGGCUGGGAUCUGCAGGCAGGGCCGGAACUUGUGCAUGUGGAACCUGUUGGCACAGCUGGAUCAUGGUGGAGGGGAAACUGUGGAACACCAGGACACAGUCUGUGCAGGCAUCCAGAUGUCACGGGCGGAGGCUUUCAGUGGCAGCUGAGGAAGCCAGCGUGUGAUGAAAGAGUAGCGUUUGGGAGCAGGCUUGUUGUGAACGUGUUGAUAAAUAACUGGGGGUGUUUAGUCUGGAGAACAGGAGGCUCAGGGGGACCCUCUUGCUCUCUACAACUACCUGAAAGGAGUUUGUAGCGAGGUGGGGGGUCAGUCUCUUCUCCCAGAUGACAAGCGAUAGCAUGAGAGGAAAUGGCCUCAAGUUGCACCAGGAAAGGUUUAGUUUGGAUAUUAGGAAAAAUUUCUUCAAUGAAGGGGUUGUCAAGCACUGGAACAGGCUGCCCAGGGAGGUGGUAGAAUCACCAUCCCUGGAGGCAGAUGUGGUGGUUAGGGACAUGGUUUAGUGGUGGGGUGGGCUUGGCAGUGCUGGGUUAACAGUUGGAUUUGAUGAUCUUAAAGGUCUUUUCCAACCUUGACCAUGUUUCCAACAAAAGACCAUGUUUCUAUGAUCCUGUUGAAGUGUGCUGGGAUGACUGGAGGGUACUGAACUUUGUGUAGCUCCUCUUUCUCCUCUGGCGUGGUUUGCAAACAAUGGUUAGGGCUCACCCGGUUUAUUUCUGUGGGCAAGAGGAACUGGUGGGGGCAGGAGAAAGGGAGAUGCUUUGGACAACUUGGCAAGGGCUUUUCUGCUUCCUUGCCGCAAGUGCUAAACAGCAUUUCACUGGUGAGGAGCUGCAGGAGGGCGUGCUUUCUUCUCGGUAUUGAACAUAUAGGCAAGCCCUGUGUUAUUUGGAAAUUAUCAAAGCUCGAGGACUAAGGGAAAGGCAGGACAGGUCCCUAAGAGGACUUUCUAGUGUCCUCGCUGUGUUUUUUGGAUGAUGGAGCCUAAUCCAGCAACGUGGCCAUGCACAUGUGAUGGGACUGGUCCUCCGAGGGCUCUGAAGAAUGUCUGAUCUGGUGGAUCUCUGGGGCUGCAGCACCUGGAGGUCAUAACAGCAAAAAAAAAAGUUUCCUUUUGGGUGGUUGAAUGUGAGUGGUUUUAUGCCCAUGUUAGCUGAUGCUGGCAUCUACUUAGACUUUGUGGUGUUUAUCCUUUGUACGGGCUUGGAUAAACUUGGUCAAGCAAGUAUAAAGGAUCCUAGGGGAACUGAGGGAAAACUCAUAGCUGUAGUACUGCCUGAUAGAUGUCUGCGUGAUCACGGAGCUCUGCAGGAGGGAUUUAGGGAUAAGGAGGUAUCCAGUCACGCAGGCUGGGGUCAGGGAGGCAGCCCGGCUAGAUUAGCCUGCUGCACGAUGCACGGCUGAUUUUGUAAGAGAUGGCAUUUGGCUUAAGGCUGUUUAAAAAGUGCUUUGUAAGGUCGGAGUGACAUUGCUAUGAUCUAAUUUAAAAUGGAAAGGUGUUAUACUGUCUGUUGGCUGAUUGCUCCUGAGGCCACACCCAGACUAUGAGGUUAAAAAAAAUAUGCAUUUCCAGAGGCUUUACUGCUUGCAGAAAGUAACUGUUUUUAAAUAGGAAGAGUAGGUUUGUUUGGUUUGUCCCGCUCUUGUCAUCACCUCUGGUUUAGAAGCUGCUGAAUUUCUGUUGAUGGAUGAGGCUCCCCAGUGAUACCCCCUGCCCUGUUGUACAGGAUUUUCUUCUUUAUUCACAUGUUGAUAAUUAACCUUUCUUCCUCUCCAGAGAGGCAGGCAUAUGAAAACACCCGUAUUUUUUCUUUCUGGCUGAAGAAACAACUGCAGAAAGCCAUGCAGGGCCCGAGACCAGUGGUUCUGAGUGGCCCGUCGGGUGCAGGGAAGAGCACUUUGUUAAAGAAGUUGCUCAAAGAUUAUGAGAACAUCUUCGGCUUCAGCGUCUCCCAUACCACAAGGCAGCCAAGACCUGGGGAAGAAAAUGGCAAAGAUUACCACUUUGUGACCAGAGAGGAAAUGCAGAAAGAAAUUGAUGCUGGUGAAUUCAUCGAACAUGCAGAGUUCUCUGGAAAUAUGUACGGGACGAGUAAAGGUGCAGUGCAGGCUGUUCAGGCCCAGAACCAGAUCUGCGUCCUUGACAUUGACAUCCAGGGUGUGAAGAACAUCAAGAAGACAGACCUGAACCCCAUCUACAUCUCUGUGCAGCCUCCGUCCAUAGACAUCUUGGAAAAAAGACUACGUGACCGAAAGACUGAGACAGAAGAAACUUUACUGAAGCGUUUGGCUGCAGCCCGUGUAGAUUUGGAACUUAGUAAAGAGCCUGGCCUUUUCGACUUGGUCAUUAUUAAUGAUGAUUUAGAAAAAGCCUAUUCCGAAUUGAAGGAGGUACUCCUGGAGGAAAUCAAGAAGACCCAAGAAUCCAGGAAGUCCUGAGCUGAGCCUGCUUGGACCUUUUAACUUUGCACAUCAUUCCUGAAGCACGUCACACUAUUUUAUUCUGAGAGACAUUCCCUUUAGGCUGAUCCUCCUCCCUGGUUACUCUAGGAUAUUUCUAUUAAAAGGAAAGAAAAUGAAACCUG